ACGUCGGGGGCGGUGCCGCAGGAGUUGCCCCUGGUAACGGGGGAGGCAGGAGGAGGAGGAGGAGGAGGAGGAGGAGGAGGAGGGACUCGGCGGGAGGAUGGGCUUACUCUCAAUCUUGCGCAAAUUGAAAAGUGCACCAGACCAGGAGGUGAGAAUCCUUCUCCUGGGCUUGGAUAAUGCUGGUAAGACCACUCUUCUGAAGCAGCUGGCAUCUGAAGACAUCAGCCACAUCACACCUACACAGGGUUUUAACAUCAAAAGUGUACAAUCACAAGGUUUUAAACUGAAUGUAUGGGAUAUUGGUGGACAGAGGAAAAUCAGACCAUACUGGAGGAAUUAUUUUGAAAACACUGAUAUUCUCAUAUAUGUAAUUGACAGCGCAGACAGAAAAAGAUUUGAAGAGACGGGUCAGGAACUAGCUGAAUUACUGGAAGAAGAAAAGCUAAGUUGUGUGCCAGUGCUCAUCUUUGCUAAUAAGCAGGAUCUGCUCACAGCAGCCCCUGCCUCUGAAAUUGCAGAAGGACUGAACCUGCACACCAUCCGCGACCGAGUCUGGCAGAUCCAGUCUUGCUCGGCUCUCACGGGAGAGGGCGUUCAGGACGGCAUGAACUGGGUCUGCAAAAACGUCAAUGCAAAGAAGAAAUAAAAUCUUGACGAAUGGAGACGCAGGAGCUGAGGGAGCUGAAUUCUGUCCUGAAAAACACUAAUUUGCUGCUUUCUGACCAAAUGUUUUUCCAUCUGUGUACAGCUACAGCUGUGUGAAGAGAGGGAACAACACAGUUUAAAAAGAAUCCCCAUUCCAGCAGUAGAUUUAACAUGAUCUCUGAGGUUCAGUAUCAUUUUUCAAAUAAAGGAAUUAUAUUAUUUCCUCUGCAUAA